AUGUGUUGUUCAAAUGCGACUUGUCCGCGGCAAAUAUCUUCUAUUCGGAUCGCAGACAUCCAUCGUCCAGAUCUGACAAAUUCUGAGAAAAUAGGGCCAUCCAUCACGGAUGUGGAGUAUUUGUUCUCUUAUAAUUGGAUCGAAUCGUCCACCCCCACUAUUGCCGUCCCCGGCUGCCCUUCUCUUUGGUCCCCACGCAAAACCUCCAAGAAAGUGGCCAAAGACUCUGGGCUUAUUUACAUCGCUCAAAACGCGGUUCGCUAUUCUGAAAGCCCUUUUGAACCACUCUUUCGCUCGUUAUAUAUUGAAAAUCCUCUAUACAACAUACGCCUAGUUGAUCUAAUAACUGAUCGAAACAAUAUUCAUAAACUUUUAUCGUUUAUCAACCUAAAUCUCUCUAAAAAUGGACUUGAACCUUUUACCAUUGACGUCGAGGUCACGAACAAUACGGCGAUUUUUUGUCGAAUGGAAGCCGAAACAUAUAUGUUUAUCGGGCCAUACGAGUUCCGGGGCUACGGUCACGAGUUUAAGAAAGCGUUCACUACUACCCAGGUUUCCGCUAGUACUGGGCAUUAUAGGAUUAUCUCCUACAACUUCGGUGAUUUAAAAUUCAUAGUACGCUACGAAACUGACGCAUAUGUUGAUGAGUUUUUAGAAGUUCAAUCUCGAAAUGUGGAAUUGGAAAUUGGGAGCUUACUAAGUAUGAUGAAAACCUUGUCUCUUUCGCAACUCGAAAGUCGCUCUCGUCUUCCCGCCGAGUCCAAACUAGUGAUGAAAGAAGAAGGCAAACAAGUAUUAAUUCAGUCAACUCUUGAGAUUAAAACACGUGUAUCGCAAACACCUAAUCUUGUCCGUGCCUACCACAAGGGUGGCUUAUUUGAACCGCCGGAAGAAGAAGACCAUGCUAGUGAUCUUAGGGGUUUGGUUAUACUGAUUAAGGAAAUCAUCAGAGUGGCGAGGGAAAAUGACGGGAACGCUGUUAUCAAAUAUGACGGUCGAAGCGAUAACCUUGAGGUUUGGAGGAGAAAUGGAAGCAAGAUGUUACCAGAUGAUCUUUAUUCGAAGCUCGAUACAAUCAACCCAUCAGAUGACGAGAACACAACCGAGGACAAGUUCUCUGAGCCAUACCUUUCUGACGAGUCUUAG